AUGUCUUUAAUUUUUUUUUGUAUCAUCCCUCAUCCGUUCACCCGCACAAAGUGUUCCAAGGUGUCGAUCAUCAUGCAGAUGUUGGCCCCUGGUGCUUUCUUCAACGCAUUAAAGGUCCGGGGGGUUACACACUUUUUUGGAGUUCCUGACCCCAUUCUAAAAUAUUUCUGUGCCUUCGUGGCAAGUCACACGACACCGAAGGAACACAUCAUCACAGCAAACGAAGGGAAUGCAGUGGCCAUGGCUGCAGGUUACCAUCUUGCAACUGGGGGACUCCCUUUGGUGUACAUGAAAAACAGUGGCUUAGGCGAUGCACUCAAUCCCCUGAUCUCUCUCACACACGCUGAGGCGUGCAGCAUUCCCAUGUUUAUAGUCGUUGGUUGGCGAGGAGCUCCUGAUGCUGGAAAUGAGCUACCGUGUGCCGCAGAAGGGCGCUUGACCGAAGGAAUCCUACGUGCUGCUGAGGUCCCGUAUAUCAUUUUAUCUUCUGCUUGUGGAAACGGGGAGCAGUCGAUGGAAACAGCUCUGGAUAUGGCACUGAAGCACGUGCAUAAUUCAAGGACGCCCUAUGCCUUUUUGGUACCACCAAACUUUUUUGAGGAAUGCGCUUACGAAGGGGUUGGAGAAGGUAUUGCUGAGCUUCCCAUGACUCGCAGGGAGGCGGUUGAACAAGCACUGCGCCAAAUAGACCGGGGAGAUAUAGUUGUGGGCGCCGCAAGCUUCCUUGCUCGUGAAAUCUUUGAAGUUCAGGAGUGUGCCGGGAUGCGACACGGCCCACAAUUCUUCCCAGUCGGCAGCAUGGGUCAUUGUUCUUCCGUAGCAGCGGGUAUAGCAUUGGCCAAACCAGAAAGGCAAGUGUUUUGCUUUGAUGGAGAUGGCGCAUUCCUUAUGCACAUGGGUUCAUCAGCAACCAUCGGCGGUGUAGCCGCCAUACAUUUAAUAGGUACGGGCGAAACUUCCCUCAUGCGCAACUACAAACAUGUCGUUUUCAACAACGGAUCCCACGAUUCGGCAGGUGGUCAACCCACUGUGUCUUUUGAUGUAUCCCUCACGCAAGUGGCGAGUGCGUGUGGUUUUAGGACUGUCCGCGAAGAACCCGUAAUGGACCUUGGCGAAACUGUGCGGGCCCUUCAGGAAUUAAAGAAGGCGGAAGGGCCCGCGUUCUUGGAAGUAUUUGUGCGAAGGGGCGGCCAUUCAAACCCACAAUGUGAACUUCCCUCUUUAGAUGAGAGCAAACAAGCUCUCACUAACUGCUUGAGGGGCUAG